GUAUGUCAAACUGCUGUCAACUGGCUGUGAGGCAAAAAUAGCGGGUUUGUUUGUCGGAAAGCAGUUGUGUCGAUUGUUUUACGUGCCGUGAUUGUUGCGAAAAAGAAGGUGUAACAACCCAAUCGGGAAGUUGACCGCAAGUUCCCCCCCACAGUGCGUUAGGUUGGCCAGUUCGAUAUACGGACAAGAGCGCGAAAGGAUGGCACAACCGGCACCGCUUGGUCUGGACGUUACCGAGCUAAAGUUUAAGCUACAGAGCAAGGUUCCCAUCUUCAAAGGCGAUGGGAAUGCAAAGAACGGCUGCAGUCUGCUUGCCACCGCCAGCGUCCACGGGCUGGUGUUUGCCGGCACGGUCGGGGCGGAGUUGCGCGUGCUGAAGCUGCCGGACAUCACCGCCGACCGGGUGAUCAAUGAGACUGUCCCGCUGCGCACCGUUCCCCUGCCCAGUGAACCGUACCAGCUGGCGGUGAGCUGCGAUCAUGGCAUGCUGGCGGUAGACGUCGUGGCGAACGGUGUACCGUUCGUGUACAUCUACUCCGUACCCUCGUUUCUGACCGGGUCGAUCGUGAAGCUGGCGGAAAUCAAAACGUCCCCCCAGCCCGCCGUAAGAAGCACGCAGCUGUGCUGGAACCCGGUCAUGCACAACGUGCUGGCCGUGCGUACCGAGGCCGGUGGACUUUCCGUGUACACACUGAAGGAACCGACCGGGCUGGAAUUUCACUCGCUCGACGCCAACAACCCGGCCGAGCGGGCCCAGUGUGCCUGCUGGAGUCCGAAGGGCAAGCAGCUGGUGGUGGCGUUCGCCAACGGCAAGCUGGUACAGUACAAGCCCGACCUGAAACCGGCCCGCACCAUCGUCUGCCCGCCCGGCGUGCUCGAGGGCGGUGGCGGGUUCGAGGUGCUAGCGGUCCAGUGGCUCAGCACGUACCAGUUUGCGGCCGUGUUUAUGCCCCACGGGGACGACACCGUGCCGGCCCUGUUCAUCGUGAACGCACCGAAAGCGGGCAGCCCGGUUUUCAUCAACUACGACGACAUCUGCUACAGCCAGAGCGGACCGCGCAGGGGCCAGGUGUUUCUGCAGCACAUACUGCCCUGGAACUUGUUGCUGAUGGCGUCGGCCAACAGCAUGGAGGUGGGCAUACUGGGCACGACCGAGAGCGGCGAAGCGCCGACCUGGUGCCAGUGGACGACGACGGACGAGGCGCGGGCGGAGCUGCCGCUCACGGCGGACAAGCAGGAAACGUUCCCGAUCGGGUUCGCGCUCGAGACGGGCUGCACGCACGAGCUCGUGAUCGGCGAGCAGACGUUUCCGGUGAUGCCGAUGAUCCAUCUGCUGUCGACGUACGGGCAGCUGGUGUCGUUCAACGUACUCAACACACUGCCGAAUGUGCCGAACAUUUGCUCGCCGCCGAAACCGGUCCAGGACCUGACGGGUGGUGCGUUUGUGAAGAUCGAUAUGGGACAGGCGGCACCAACACAACAACAGCAGCAACAACAGCAGCCAAAAGCGUUCCCGAGCAUGAAUCAAAACGUACCAGCAGCAGCAGCACCACCGCCUUCGUCGGAAAUAUCAUUCGCCGUACCGAACGGGGCCACAUCGACGCCGGCAAUCGCCAAGUCGAAAUCCUUCUUCAAUGCAGGAGUCGGUGCGGAAGCGGUACAAAAGUCGCCCAUCAAUUUGUUCGGUGGCGCCGGAGGAACGUCAGCACCGGGGCAGCAGCAGCAGCAGCAACCGAAACCGGCAGCCCCCGCCAUAGCGCCAACAUUCGGCAAACAGAUCACUUUUGGAGCGUCACCCGGCGCCGGAAUGCAGCAGCAGGGAGUCGGUGGCGAAACGAAACCUUCACCUUUUGCUGGCUUUUCUACCCCAGCGGGUGGUGGUGGUGGCGGCGGCGGUACGACAUUUGGCGGUGGCACGACUGCAGGAGGACUGCCGACCAUGUCGGCACCACCCUUCCAGGCCGCAAUGGCCGCGAUGGGACCGCCGCCGCAGCAGUCAGCAUCUUCCCGACCGAGUGCAGACGCCAACAAACCGCUCGUUACGGUUCCCCCCAGCUACGUGCCAGCGGUCCAGCAGCAGCCGCCCAACAAUGGCAAUGUGGCGGCCCGCCCACAAACCACCGCUGCCCCGAAAAGGGUGGACUUUUCCUCCGAGGACAAUAACGCCAUCAUUCGCGCCCUUACCAACGACGAGCUGAACCGGUUUGCGCGCGAGCUGACCGAGCUGCAGCGCCGCAACCGGGCACUGAGCGUGCAGAUCGGGCAGAAGGAAGAGUCCGCACAGAUGAUACGCAGCUUGCGCGAGCUGGAGGACAUCAUUGCGCAGGCGAACGAAAGCACGCAGUCGCUCGUGGCGGACGUGCAGGCGCUCCGGCUCGGGCUGAACGAAGCGUUCGCGAUGGUGGCGGAAGCGAACAGCAAGAGCGCCAGCUACAACAACCCGACUGUGCACCGGUACCAGGAGGCGCACGGCGGCCUGUCGCAGACGAGCCGGCGCCAGCUGAGCGCGCUCGAGAACAUGCUGCAGGUGAACGAGAGCCAGCUGCGCACGGUCACGAAGCAGCUCGAGGCGCAGUGGAUGGGCCUGGAGGAGGCGAAGCAGGCGCGGGCCAAGCAGCGCAUGCACAUCCCCUCGCUGGAGGUGCUGUACCAGACGCUGUCCAAGCAGCAGGACAUUCUGAACCGGCAGGGCGAAAAGCUGGCCGUGCUGAAGAGCAAACUGGGGCUGCGCAGCAGCGUAAAGGGGCUGGAGGAUCGUAACAAAAGCGUAAAGGGCAAGCAGCAGCUUGGUGGAGGUGAUGCAACGGACACAUCCGAGAGUGCGAUCGAAUCGCUGACGGAUUCAAUCAUCUCGAUGACGCUCGGCGAUCAGGUGGCGGCCGACACGAAGAAGCUAAGCGAGGGCAAGCUGUCCGCACUGAGACGCGCGCUAAUGGGCAGAAAGGUGGUGACGGUGAAACCGCAGCGACCGGACCGGGUCGGCCUUAGCUCGGAGGUUGUCCGUGAGCAUCGCGAUCAGGUGCGCCGCCAGGUGGUGAUGGUGGAGCAGGAAAAGCAGGCGAAAGUGGCGCAGAAGGCGGCGGCAAGCAAGGCGGAGCAGAGCAAAGUGCAGCAGCAACGCAGCAGUGCCCCACCCCAACAGCAGCCCGCCGCUCAACCGGUGCAAUCGCAAUCCAAGCAGCCGGUUGGCAACAAACCGAUGGCAACGGCACCGGCUAAUAAAGCGUUUUCGUUCGCCGUUCCAAGCUCUGGCGCUGCAGCGCCACCAUCCGUUGGAAGCUUUUCCUUUGGACAAACCACAAUUACACCGAUGAGUGCUGCGGAAAGCAACGCCGCGAAGCCAACAGCAAAUGGGGGAAGCAUCACAAGCGGGCUGACUUUUGGCACACCAGUUAAUAAGGAAAGCGGUGGCGAUAAGGAGAAAAAGGAAAGCACGAUAUCCAGCUCCAGCGGUAAGGAGAACAUCCCGGUCAAUGCUGCUCCGGCCGCCGUAUCAAAAGCUCCUGCUUCCGGUUCGUUCAGCUUCGGAUCGGUCGCAUCGGCGGGUACCUUUAAACCACCAUCGUCGGAUUCAUCCGCCCCUGCCGCCCCUAAGCCGGUGUUUUCUUUCGGCAAUUCGGGUACGGGCAGUAACAGCGGCCAACAGUCGGGACUUACUUUCGGUUCCAUACCGAAGCCAAACUUUUCCUUCGACGCACCAUCCACCACCGCUGGCAGCGGUGGUCUUUCCUUUGGCCUCGCAGGAUCCUCCUCCGCUUCCGAGGGGCCACUAAGCCUGGGCAAACCGAAAGCAACGGCCACUGCAUCCACUGCGAACGAAAACGUUCCUCCGCCGGUUGAGGAGGUGCAGAAGGACAAACCGCUGCCACCGUCGUUCGGGCCGGUUGAGCCAGCACCGGCCACGAAAGCGCCCCUGCCCGCUCUUACAAGCCUGCUGCAGAAGGUCGACUCGUCGGUGGAUCUUUCGGUGAAGGGUGGUGGUGGUGCUGCAGCGGGCGCAACGUCCCAACCCAGUAAACCGGCCGGCGGUGGCCUGUUCGGUAGCAUUACCGGCGGAACGAGUAGCAGCUUUGCAACGGGUGGACUGUUUGGGAGCGUUACGAAACCGACUGCCCCGUCCGGAGCGAACAAUAACGCUUCGGCGAAUGAGGAAGGAGGCGCCAAACCGGCAGCAUCCGGUGGAGGAUUGUUUUCGGGGCUUUCGUUCGGUUCGCUGUCCGUAACGCCGAGUAGUGCGGGUGGUGAUGCUGCUUCCGGCGGUUCGCUGUUUGGCAGUGUGAAACCAGCCAAUGGUGCCGCUACGGGUGGAUUAACGUUCGGCGGUGGAAGCAGUUUCGCAUCGUCCGGCUUUGGAGUGGCCAAAUCUUCGACGGAAACAACGGCGACCGUAGCUUCGCCAGCAACCGAACCGGCAAAGACAGCAGGGAAGGAAGAAUCGACGGCAACUGCCACUGCCACCACUGGUUUUGGCUUUGGCUCCAUCGCUGCGCCUUCGACCACCUCGACAGCGGCAGCAUCAUCCCCCGGGGGUGGAUUUUCCUUCGGAGGGCUCUCCCUAGGCAAGCCGGUAGUGACGCCCGCUUCAUCGGCAACCGUUUCCACGCCCGCUGCGAGCACUGGCACGCCGGUGACCGCCACUGCAGCACCGGUGGCUGCCACUUCCCCGGCCACAACAACGACCACACCGACGACGACGGCAGCUGCCGACACCACGAGCACACUGUUCGGUUCCAUCAGCAUCUGCUCACCGACUGCGGCCAGCGCGGGGAACAACGCCAAGACAACGCCCUCCAUUACCGGGGGCAACAUAUUCAGUUCGGGCACGUUCGGCGCCUCCAAACCGACAACCGACACGAAAAGCAUCUUCGGAGGUGGUGGUGGUGGUGCUACUGCCACCGCAGCCGGUGGAGCAGCCUCACCCUUCGGUUCACUGGCAGCAUCGCCAGCGCCUGCUGCCGCCUCUUCGGGCGGGUUGUUCGGUUCCGUUGGGCAGCCAACGGCUGCAUCGACCGCGCUUGGCGCGGCUAGCACAACGACCACUACCAGCGUCUUUGGGGGAGGCUUUUUCGGUGCGAGCACAACGGCAGCGGCUGGAACAGCACCCACCAGCACCACCCCGUCGUCCGGUGGAUUCUUUGGCGGUGGCGCUGGAGCCGCGACUAAUUCCGUCUUCGGAUCAAGUGCGGCCUCGACCACGUCCAACAUUUUCGGCAGUGCGGCCUCUGCGACGUCCACCGGAGGCACCGGGUUGUUUGGCAGUGUAGCCGCGAGCAACAGCGCCACACCCGGCGCUGCAGGCGGUUCCAUUUUCGGUGGUGGUGGCGGCGGCGGUGCGUCAGCGUUUGGUGGAGCCAGUGCCGGAGGUAGUGGCGGAAACAUCUUUGGCAGUCCGGUGGCCGCAGCAGCAGCAUCGCCAGCCGGUGGUACGGGUUUGUUUGGUUCGGUUGGCAGCGCCUCACCGGCAGCAGCGGGUCCGUUCGGCAGCCCGCAAACUCCGCCCCAAUCGUCGACCCAGUCCAUCUUUGGCGGUGGAGCAGCAUCCGGCGGUGGUGCAUUUGGUUCAUCGGUCGCCACUGGGGCCGCCGCCAGCCCGGGGCCGUUCAGCAGUGGUGCGGCGGGAACGGGCGUGAACGCGUUCGCUUCACCGACGGGCACGUCGGCGUUCAGUAAACCGCCCGCCUUCGGCGCGACUCCCACGUUUGGCGGGGCGCCCACGUUCGGCGGGGCGCCUACGUUCGGUGGGGCGCCGACCUUUGGAGGGGCGCCCACGUUCGGCAGUCCGAAGGCAACGUUCGGUGGCGGUGGCGUUGUUGGCGGUGGUUCACCGUUCGGGGGUGGCGCAUCGCCCGCCAUCGGAUCACCGGCGACGCAGUCCAACAAUCUGUUCGAGCAGCUCGGUUCCUCGUCGUCCGGCGUGUCGUUCGGUGGGCUGGCGGCCCAGCAACAGGCAAAGCCGACCCAGUUCGGGGGUUCAUCGUUUUCCAGCUGGCGUUCGUAAGGAUGGCGGUUGCUGCUUUGAACGAUCCCGACCGUGGCGGAUACGUUGGCGGAUGUUUUGGAACGAUUUGUUAAAAAGCUUAUCCUUUCUUGAAUGUGUAUUCUAAUGAGUAAAUUAAUGCAACAAACAAUACAAUUUA